AUGCUUUUCGACAUUGCCAUUUUCCAUUCACUCGUUGCCAUCCUUAUGCAUCUACUCGCAAAUGGUGCGUACGCUUUUGAAAAUGAGAUUGCUAGUUCCGGCCAUUGUGGAAAGGGACGCCACUAUUGCGACUCUCCUCAAUGUCAAUUUCAAUAUGGAUCUGCCUGUGAUGCGAACAAAAUCCCAAACGGCACUACUACCUUCACAACGCCUCGUCCAAAAUUCGGAAAUGUCGCUUAUGGAGGCGCUGGAAUCCAUAACUGCACCGUUCCAGGAACAGUUGCACUAACCUUUGAUGAUGGACCCUCCAACUACACGUCUCUUCUCUUAGAUAUCCUGAAAAAGAGUAACAUGACGGCCACCUUUUUCUUGACGAACGUUGCCCGAGGAAAGAACGAGUUUGACAACCAAAGUGCAGACUUCGCUAAUAUUGUACGACGGAUGCAUGCCGAGGGUCAUCAGCUAGGGAGCCACACGUGGAGCCACGAAGAUCUGUCGAGCCUCACUCACGAAGAGCGUGUGCAGGAAAUGGUCAAGAACGAGAUGGCUUUCCGAAAUCUCUUUGGGUUUUUCCCGACGUAUAUGCGUCCUCCGUAUGGAGAUUGCACUUCGAAGAGUAACUGCACGGAGGACAUUGCUAAGUUAGGGUAUCACAUUAUAUAUUGGGAUCUUUAUACCCAGGAUCUGAAGAACAAAUCUCCAGAGCGUAUUCAAAACUCAAAGAACAUUGUUGAAAAUGCACUUCAGGACUGCAAACCAUCAACUUGCAGUCACAUCAUUUACGGCCAUGAUACUGAAUACCAAACCGCUAAUCUCACAGAAUAUAUGAUACAUCAAAUUAAGGCCAAAGGAUACAAAGCUGUCACUAUUGGAGAAUGCCUUUCUGAUCCUGCGGUUAAUUGGUAUCGAAAUGCGACGACAGGAAAACAAGUGGCUUCAAGGAAUCCAUAA